UUGAAAAUGCCGAUAAAGAAAUUGCCCAAAAACGUGUAGAUCAGGAACCCUCACCGUCCACCUCGGUGCGCACUCGCCUACGUGGUAAAUCCAAGUUACGCGGAGCCGAUGCCGAUUCUACCAGCCUGGUGGCAAGUGGUUCUUCGUUGAAGGGUAAAAAAGCCAAAGCUGAAGAUGUCGGCAAGAAGGUCGUUUGUUACUACACCAAUUGGUCACAAUACCGUCCCAAAAUUGGUAAAUUCGUACCCGAAGAUAUUCCAGCGGAUUUGUGCACGCACAUCAUUUUCGCCUUCGGUUGGUUGAAGAAAAACAAAUUGAGUUCCUAUGAAUCGAAUGAUGAGACAAAGGAUACAGUGCCUGGACUCUAUGAUCGUAUUAUGACCCUGAAGAAGGUCAAUCCUAAGUUGAAGAUCCUUUUGGCUUUGGGUGGUUGGUCAUUUGGCACCCAGAAAUUCAAGGAUAUGUCUGCCACCCGCUAUACCCGCCAAACCUUUAUCUAUUCCGCCAUACCAUUCUUGCGUAAACGUGGUUUUGAUGGUCUGGAUUUGGAUUGGGAAUAUCCCAAGGGUUCGGAUGAUAAGAAAAACUUUGUUUUGUUGUUGAAGGAAUUGCGUGAAGCUUUCGAGGCUGAGGCCCAAGAAUUGAAGAGGCAACGUUUGUUGUUGACAGCUGCCGUGCCUGUGGGACCCGAUAAUAUCCGUGGUGGUUAUGAUGUACCCGCUGUUGCCAGUUAUUUGGAUUUCAUUAACGUUAUGGCCUACGAUUUCCAUGGUAAAUGGGAACGUGAAACCGGUCACAACGCUCCACUGUAUGCUCCCUCAUCCGACUCGGAAUGGCGUAAACAAUUGUCCGUUGACAAUGCUGCCACAAUGUGGGCCAAAAUGGGUGCCCCCAAAGAGAAAUUAGUUAUUGGUAUGCCCACAUAUGGUCGUUCCUUUACUUUGGCUUCGACCGCUAAACAUGGUCCCAAUGCCCCAGCCACCGGUGGUGGCAAGGAAGGUAUCUACACCAAAGAAAGUGGUUUCCUCGCCUAUUAUGAAAUCUGUGAAAUGCUGUUGAAUGGUGCCGUCUAUGUGUGGGAUGAUGAAAUGAAGGUGCCCUAUUUGGUGGAUGGUGAUCAAUGGGUUGGCUUUGAUGAUGAACGUUCCAUUCGCAACAAAAUGAAAUGGAUUAAGGAUAAUGGUUAUGGUGGUGCCAUGGUAUGGACUGUCGAUAUGGAUGAUUUCAAGGGUGAUGUGUGUGGAGGACAGGUAAAAUAUCCACUAAUUGGAGCCAUGCGUGAAGAGCUGUUGGGCAUUUCAAGAGGUAAAGAUGCCAAGGAUGUUAAUUGGUCUGAAGUGGCUGCUACCUUUGAGGAUUUGGAAGAGGUUGAGAAACCCGAACCCAUUAAAAUUGAUGUUGAAGAAAUCUUGGCCAAGGUACGCAAACCCACAAAGAAACAUCGUGUCAAGUCUGGUGCUUUGGCAGUGGAAAAGAACACCCGUCCCGCCCAAGUUUUCUGUUAUCUUACUAGCUGGUCUUCUAAACGUCCCGGUGCCGGUAAAUUCUUACCCGCCAAUAUUGACCCCAAACUUUGCACCCACAUUGUCUAUGCCUUUGCCACACUCAAGGAUCACAAAUUGGCCGAGAACAGUGACGAAGAUCCCGAUAACUAUGAAGAAAUUAUUGCGUUGCGUGACAACAAUCCCGAUUUACAAAUCCUUUUGGCCAUUGGUGGCUGGGCAUUUGGUUCAACACCCUUCAAAGAUCUCACCUCCAAUGUGUUCCGUAUGAAUCAAUUUGUCUAUGAAGCCAUUGAUUUCCUGCGUGAUUAUAAAUUUAAUGGUCUCGAUGUGGAUUGGGAAUAUCCUCGAGGUUCUGAUGAUCGAGCUGCCUAUGUAAAUCUUCUGCGUGAAUUGCGUGUGGCCUUUGAGGGUGAAGCUAAAUCGUCUGGAUUGCCCCGACUCUUGCUAACAGCUGCUGUGCCAGCCUCCUUUGAAGCCAUUGCAGCAGGUUAUGAUGUCCCUGAAAUAUCGAAAUAUCUUGAUUUUAUUAAUGUCAUGACCUAUGAUUUCCAUGGUCAAUGGGAACGUACUGUGGGCCACAACUCACCUCUCUUCCCCUUGGAAUCGGCCACAGGUUAUCAAAAGAAAUUGACAGUUGAUUAUAGUGCCCGCGAAUGGGUUAAACAAGGUGCUCCCAAGGAGAAACUUUUAAUCGGUAUGCCCACCUAUGGCAGAACAUUUGAAUUGGCCAAUGUGACACAAUUUGAUAUUGGAGCACCCGCCUUGGGUGGUGGUCGUUCUGGCAAAUUCACCAAUGAAUCCGGUUUCUUGAGUUACUAUGAAGUGUGCACAUUCUUGGCAGCAGAUAAUACCACCUUGGUAUGGGAUUCGGAGCAGCAGGUGCCAUUCGCUUAUCGUGACGAUCAAUGGGUUGGUUUCGAUGAUGAACGUUCGUUGAAAACAAAGAUGGAAUGGUUGAAAGAGCAAGGCUUUGGUGGUAUUAUGGUGUGGUCCAUCGAUAUGGAUGAUUUCACUGGACGUUGUGGAAAUGGCAAAUAUCCUCUGCUGACAGCAUUAAAUGAUGAACUCAAGGGUUAUAAGGUCAAUUUGGAAUAUGAGGGUCCCUAUGAAUCGCGAGGUCCCCGGGGAGCAUACACCACGAAAGAUCCCCACGAAGUAACCUGUGCCGAGGAAGAUGGUCACAUUAGCUAUCACAAAGAUUGGAAUGAUUGCACCCAUUAUUAUAUGUGCGAGGGUGAACGUAAACAUCAUAUGCCAUGUCCUGCCAACUUGGUCUUUAAUCCACAGGAGAAUGUAUGCGAUUGGCCGGAAAAUGUUGAGGGUUGCCAUGUGCCAACAGAUGCGCCAGCUUAAAUUUUGGU